AUGGCUCGCCGGACCUACACUCUCACUGAGCUACUGGGCCUCCGUACAAAUCAGAUUCCGGAUGAGAUCUUGCCUAUGGCUCGGAACCCCGAGAUAGCCGAUAUCAUUCGCCGUCCCGGAAGAGAGUCAUCCUCUGCUUCCAGUGUCAGCUGCAAACCGUCAAUCAUCAGACACAAGGAUGAUUCCUCCGUGACCUCAGAUGAGCUCAUAUUCAAGGGCACCGUGAGCCGGCGUAUGGGUCGUGAGCUGGCCCGAGAAGCUUCUCAUAAUUCAGUGCGCGCCUCUGCCCGGGAAACUCCCAGAGACACUGCCCGGGAUAUCGUCCAGGAUCCUUCUUACGACCCUUCGCUCCCGAUGGAGUGGAAAUACCGUGGACGGAGCGAAACCGAGGCUGCAACAACGGAGCCUAUUCCUGCUCCCACGGGUGCCCCAGCUCAGCGAGACGAAGGUUUCCAGCGUUUCUAUAAGGCCGUUGUUUCCCCCACUCAUGUUCGUGUCACCGCUGGUGGCCGAAUCGUCCCCAAUACCCGUGGUCCGCCGUCGCCUACCGCCAAGCGAGCGAGUGAUAAUUCUGUGAUGGAUGGUCAAGGUACCACUGACAAGGCAGCGUUGAGCAAGCCACCGGUUGUCCCCGUCAGUCUCAGUCAACCGGCCCCGGCUUUGCCCCAGAUUAUGACUGGAUACCCGCCCGGAUUCCAGCCGCUUCAGGCCCCGGUCUCUUUCGUACCUAUGGCAUUAGGAACUCAUCUUCCUCCGGGGUUCUCUUUCCCUCAAGGUGCCACGGCGCCGCUUGAACCCGGCAAUGGCCUGAAAGACAUGCACAACACAAAAAUGGCGGACGACGACAAGCAAGGCAAGGCCAAGUCUUCACUGCCCGAGCCAUUCUACUACAACGGCCAGAUCAUAUACCCUGUUGGGGCAUUCCCAGCCUCCAUGGGCAAUCCGAUGGUCCCUGUCCACGUGGUUGGCAUCCCACACGGCGUUUCUCCCCAGGUUCCCGGGCAGUACAUGCAACCACAGCUAGCCCAACCCAGCGCGGCCGCCACAGGGUCGUCUUAUGCUCCCUCCAACCAAAGUCUCUCCGGAAUUCCACCCGUUGCCCACCACAUUGUCCCAGCUAAUGCCAACUUCAAUGCGGCCGCGGCGCCGCCGAUCUCGUCAAUCAGACCCAGCGACAUCACCAAGAAACAGAUUGCUUCAUUCAAGCAAAACCUCAAGUACCAUGAGGACCAGCUGCAGUACAAUCGGCACCAGAUUGACGAAAAGGACAUGGAGCAGAAGAUUCAGAUCAUCAAAGGUCACAUCCAUAAAUUUGAGACGACCCUGAGGACCCAACUUGAGUACGAGGACGCGCAUUUCAAGACAACUCAGGGGAAGGAGGAUAAGAAACUGUCCCAAUCCUCGACUGUUGCCGAGGAAACGAGACCCUCAUCGCAGUCGCCUGGACAGCCUGGACAGCCUGCGCCGCUUGGAUACGGAGCCCCGGUCACCAGAAAGGAGAUGGACGAAGCAAUUAAUCGGCGGCUUGCUCUUGCCACCUAUGGCCUCAACACUAACAUCGGCGAAGGUGCCAAGGCCAUGUUUAGGAGUCCCAUGGAAUCGGCAUUUCAGGGGAUGAACGGCUUUCCCAACGCCGCAGGUCUUCCAAGCGAUGCAGCCCUAGCUCCCGUCUUCCAGCCCCGUGGCUAUGCCUCUACCUGGACAGGUAGUCAGUAUGCCAGAGAGAUGAAGGUUUAUGAAGAGGCAGAGAAGAGGCUCCACGCAGCAGAAUCCAAGAGCUUGGAGCACCUCCGUGUUGGCGAGCAGCGGUCGGUGUCCCAGCCCUUCGCCGCACACAUGGCCCUCGCCGUGCAAGCUGAGAACAACGCCCAUGUUUCUGAUGAGUCGGGCCGCUCCAUCAGGAACGGCACCAAGCCGGCAUUCAAUCUUGGAGUGCCGUACUUGCUUGGCACGCUUCCCAAGGGCGUCAAUCCCCGUACCGCUAGAGACCAGGACUACUGCUACAAACGCCCGCUGACGGAAGAGGAGCGUCGUGCCCGGUUUUUGUAUUGGGGGAAGGCGCCCAAGUCUGCCGUCAAGGGUUUGCCCAAGUAUGACGGGAAGCACUUCUACCCACCGUCCCCCGUCAAGGAGCGUUCCGUUGAACCUUCCCAGGAGUCUGACUACCGCGGGACGGACUCAGAUUGCGACCCAUUUCGCCCCAUGACGCCGAUGCAGCGGGCCGACACCAAAGGGGUGUCGGCUAGUGAGGAUAACUGCACUGCAAGUCGCCUUACCAGGACUAUCUCCUUUGAAACUCAGGUCAAUGGCGGUUCCGAGGACUUCAUUGCAGGCGGAGGACCCCUCAAGUUUGAGGACAGUGCGGGUCACAACUCAGUUGGGCCGGCCGAUCGGCGCCUGGAGAACACAGGCGCGAAACUUUGGCAGACGAUGCUGAAGAAGGGACCGACCAGCAGCGCCUUGUCUUCGACCACAGCUCAAGGCCUUUUGCCGCACUACACAGGCAAUGCUGCAGCAUCUUUGACUCCUUCGCUUGCCACGAAUCAGCAGCCGUCUGCCAGGGCUGUGUCUACGGGCAAGCUCCCCGACAUUCACGACCUGAACGAGAAUGGAGGCGUCGUCCUCUCCAAUGUCCCAGAGAAGCGUGGUGAGAACUGCCCACCGGGUGGGGUGAGCUCCCUCGAGGACCAGUUCAAACACCUGGCCGUUGAUGUUGCCGCCCGACGUGAUUUAACUACUGCUUUCGGAAUGUGAGGUGCUAGACGGUAUUGAUGAGUUGUUGGCAGGUGUCGGCAUCAUGACACAAUUACUGGCGGGCAAGGAUGUAUAGUGUUAGGGUCUUUCUCACAUCGAUAUGUUGUUACAUUCAGGCGCUCCGCCGGCUUAAUGAUAGAUGAUGGCUGUUGAAGGGAUCUGACGAGGUCCGGGAACAUGUUAUACCGAGGGCAGCUUACUACUAGAUGAUGUAGAAUAGGGCUUUCAUAAAACAGAAGAAGUAUACGGGUUA